AUGGACGGAGACUUGGUGAAGAUCGAGAGCAGAGAGGAGCAGACAUUCCUGUUCAAUAGACUGGUGUUGGAGAAUGACUGGUUCUGGAUUGGACUUACAGACGCUCACACAGAGGGGCACUGGACCUGGACAGACGGGUCUUCGCUGGACUCAAAAAAGGAGUCUGAAGAGCUGAAGGCCAGUAAAUAUCGGGACUUUCAGUAUAUAGCGACUAAAUAUUGGUAUUCAUCUGGCUCGGUCUCAGCUGUGGCUACAGCCGUGCAGACCCCGAUGACCAUCGAGGAUGUAGCGGCCGGAGAGAGAGUAGAUUGUGGUCUACAGGUGAAUAUGGGGGAUGACAAUGACAUGCUGGAGCAGGAGCAAAAUUAG